GCGGGCACCAUGGUGGACUCGACAGCGUACCCCGCGUUGGAAGGCACGCCAGAACUCGCCGUGCGGCAGAUUCUGGCGCGCGCCCGCGUGCCGCCUGACCUUCGGUUGGCGGUUGCCGCGAAGGGCUUGCUGGACGCCGACACCUGGGCGGCGGUCGCGGAGACGCUGGAAAGCUUCAAAACGAACAUCGCGAGGCUCCUGGACGAGCAGGCCCUGGGCGCGGACAACAGCCCGACGAGGGAGGCGAACUUGAUCUUCCUUUCGGCCGCGUGGCGAAAGUGCCGUGCCCUGGCGGAGGGGCGCGAUGCAAGGCGCGCGCGCCUUGAGGAGGACCCGCAUCGCAUCCCGGAGAUGGGCAUCCAGGAGCACGGCCAGAAGAAGAUCAAUUUUGUCGCUCUGCACCCGGACGUCCUGCUCACAGAGUUCCGCGAGCCCCACAAGCGAUUCAUCGAGAGGUUGGACCGCGACUUCACUAUCCACGAAGUGGUCCCUCCCUAUGAGCUCGGGGAGGUGCGCGUGAAGUCCGAGUAUAUUGCGCAGAGGGGCGGUUUGGCUUUUUCGGCGGAGCAGCUGCUCAAGGCGGCUCGCGAGGACAUCCCAGCGACGGUGGUUUUGGAGGACGACGCCAUCAACAGGAUCCACGCGUUCUACAUCGCUUUGGAGUACCAGGGCCACGUGAAGUUCGCUUUCUUUGCAGGCAAGCCAGAGACCAACGACAUCACAGGCGGGCCGCUGACGUUUUUGAAUGAGCUGGAGGCGCGGCGGCGCGAGACGCCGGGACUGCAGCACAUUCUGUUGGUCGACCGGCACUUCCGCAAGAAGGUCCACGAGCUGCUGGUGGAGAGCAGGACGACGUUCCCGUCGUAUUCCGCUGCCAUGUGGGAGGUCUUCCACAACCACUGGUACAUUUGGAGCGAGUGCCGCGCCGGAGGCGCCGCGGGGCCGGCGGACGGGCCUUCGAAGAGCAGCCCCAAACGACAACGACAGCGGCAGCAGCAGCAGCAGCAGAAGUCCGAGCGGGCGGCAGCGGCAGGAGCAGCAGGCGGCGGCCAGACCCGUCAGCCAGCCGCCGGUGGCACCAGGAGGGUGCCAGAGAACGAGUGGCGUGCGCUGCAACGCUGUGGCCCAGCAAAGGCGCCGAAGACGUGCAAGUUCUGGAACCUGUCCGGCGGCUGCAAAGACGGCGGCGCGUGCAAGUUCAAGCACGUGUGUUGGCUGUGCGGCGCUGGCCACAAGUGGUGCGACAAUCACUACACUGGUGCCGCCGACGCCGCCAGAAGAUGCCCCAUACUUUUUUUGGAGGUCUUCGGCGGCCAGGCGAAUGCGACUCAUGAACUAAUGCAUCGUAGGGUGCCGUGUCUCCCUCCCGUCGACCUCGAAGCCACGCUGGGCCACGAAUCGACCGACGUCUCCGACGUUACAGUUUUGGAUAAGAUCCUGCAAUGGACCCGAGCCAAGAAGUUGCACUUGGUCUACCCGCAGAGCCUGUCGCGGAAGAUCGCCGAGUUUAUUUGGCGGGACUUUGCCGGAGUGCGUGGGCGCGUCAACUUGACGCACGUUGAUGCCAUGACCGAGGACCACGUGUACGUGGGCAGGGACGGGACUGCCAGUCUGCUCGAGCACACGGCGUGCGUCGAAAAGUACAGGCGCUUCUUGCUCCAACAACCGGGCCUGCUUCGGCAAUUGCCCACUCUACGGGGCAAGAUUCUGGUCUGCCACUGCGACGCGGACGUCCCGUGCCACGCAGACGUGCUGCUGGAAUUGCUGGAGCAGGGCAACCACAGCGACGGUCAAAUCGUCCAGUUCCAGGUUUUCUUCGGCCUCAAGACGGCCAGCCGGAAACGCAAAGUGGGCGAACCAGUUCGCUGGCCAGACAGCACAAGGCGGAAGUCCGGGCACGUUGCGGUCGGCGCGGGGUACCAGCAGACCCUGGGCCUGGUACCUCCGAUCUUCCCGGUGGAUUUGGAGCCGGGCGAGGCGAUCCGCAGGGCUCUGGCAGUGCAGCACCCUCUUGACGUGGACGUCUCGUUGACGGACGCCGAGCAGCAGUGCGUCGAGAGACUGGUGAGCGGCACCGCCGGCAAGUUCCAGGCGACAGCGCACGAGUUCUGGAAGCAACGUGCCACGGAGCUGAAGGAGCGCAGCCUGGACGAGAUCUACAACGUGCCGGACCCGUUCAUCAGGAAUUUGUUCUUGAAGAACACGCGGGCUCGACGCAGAGACUUGCAGCUUGGCGACUUCGUGCGCCUUGCACUUUACCGAGAGCUUGCUGCCGCGGCAAACGUUGCGGACAGCAGCUACAUCGACGAGUUCGCGCACGGCCUGCCCGUCAUUGGCACUGCACGCCCAUCAGGCAGGUGGCCGCCGCUUGACGAGGUCGUCGCACCUGCGAUUUCCGAGGCGGAGCUACGGGAAAGGGCCUGGGAAUUGCAGAAUAAGAUCGCAAGGAGGGUGUCGAGGCUUGAGGAGCCAAACGCCUCCUACAGAGGCCUGAUCGGCGAAAUCCUGCGGAGUUAG